CACUGCGUGUACAAUUCUGAAGAGAUCAUCAUCUGUUCGAAACUCGAGAUUCGUUUCGGAGGAUGGCUUGUUAACGAACCGAACGCGCCAGGAUGCUAGGCCGUGUGCGGGCCGCUUUCUUCAGCCUGGUGAUUGCCACAUCGCUGUUGCAAUGCACUCAGCAGCAAGGAAGCAGGCAGAACAGAGAAGUGGUGUUAAACAUCAGUGAUGAUCAAAAGAGUCAAUAUUUGAAUCAAGAUUUCUAUUCCAAUGCAUACAAUUACGGUUACGAAAUUAGUCCCAGUGGACAAUUCCAUCAUGAAGUACGUGGACCAGAUCACAUCACUUAUGGAUGCUACGGAUACAUAGAUCCAUAUGGGAAAUUAAAAACAACUUUCUACAUAAGUGACGGAUGGGGAUACCGUGUCGUACAACCAGGCAACGCGGUAGAACUAUUCCUUCAUGAACAUGAACAUCAUCAUGAUGAAUCGAAUCAAGAAAAUCACGAUGAUCACGAUGACCAUGAUCAUCACGAUCAUCAUGGUGUAAUUACGGAAUGGAGAGACCUAUAUUUCCCGCAAAUUUGUAGACAAUUCGAUGGCACCGGUAUACCUCCGAUGGGCGGUGCUCCUAGCACAGAUGGUUCAAGCAGUGGAGGAACUCCAGUAAGACCAGGACAACCACAAUAUCCAUCCCGACCCCCGGAAUAUCCUGCCCAACCCGGAUAUCCUGGCACGGGAGGAGCACCUGGACAGCCUGGAUACCCUGGCUUUCCAGGAAGCACAGGAACGCAACCUAUACCACAACAGCCCGGAUAUCCUGGCGAACCUGGCACGCCGGGUAGACCUGGUACACCAGGAAUUCCUGGAACUCCACCAAUACCACCUCAACCUGGAUAUCCUGGUACCCCUGGAACACCGGGCAAACCCGGUACACCGGGCAUACCUGGAACUCCACCAAUACAUCCUCAACCUGGAUAUCCUGGUACACCUGGCACUCCGGGUACGCCAGGAACACCAGGAAUACCUGGAACCCCCCCAAUCCCACCGCAACAAGGACAUCCUGGGACUCCUGGAACUCCGGGUACGCCGGGAACACCAGGAAUACCUGGAACCCCUCCAAUUCCACCCCAACCGGCACACCCUGGUACCCCUGGCACACCAGGUAGACCCAGUACACCAGGCAUACCUGGAACUCCACCAAUAAUACAUCCUCAACCUGGAUAUCCUGGUACCCCUGGCACACCGGGUACGCCCGGAACACCAGGAAUACCUGGAACCCCUCCAAUUCCACCCCAACCGGGACAUCCUGGUACCCCUGGCACACCAGGUAGACCCGGUACACCAGGCAUACCUGGAACUCCACCAAUACAUCCUCAACCUGGAUAUCCUGGUACCCCUGGCACAUCGGGUACGCCCGGAACACCAGGAAUACCUGGAACCCCUCCAAUUCCACCCCAACCGGGACAUCCUGGUACCCCUGGCACACCAGGUAGACCCGGCACACCAGGUAGACCCGGUACACCAGGCAUACCUGGAACUCCACCAAUACAUCCUCAACCUGGAUAUCCUGGAACCCCUGGCACACCGGGUAGACCCGAUAGACCAGGCAUACCUGGAACUCCACCAAUACAUCCUCAACCUGGAUAUCCUGGUACCCCUGGAACACCGGGCAUACCUGGAACUCCACCAAUACAUCCGCAACCUGGAUAUCCUGGUAGCCCUGGCACCCCAGGUACGCCCGGAACACCAGGGAUACCUGGAACCCCUCCAAUUCCACAACAACCGGGACAUCCUGGCACCCCUGGCACACCAGGUAGACCCAGUACACCAGGCAUACCUGGAACUCCACCAAUACAUCCGCAACCUGGAUAUCCUGGUACCCCUGGCACCCCGGGUACGCCCGGAACACCAGGCAUACCUGGAACUCCACCAAUACAUCCGCAACCUGGAUAUCCUGGUACCCCUGGCACACCGGGUACGCCCGGAACACCAGGAAUACCUGGAAGCCCUCCAAUUCCACCCCAACCGGGACAUCCUGGUACCCCUGGAACACCAGGCAUACCUGGAACUCCACCAAUGCAUCCGCAACCUGGAUAUCCUGGUACCCCUGGCACACCGGGUACGCCCGGAACACCAGGCAUACCUGGAACUCCACCAAUUCCAGCCCAACCGGGACAUCCUGGUACCCCUCCAAUUCCACCACAACCGGGAAAUCCUGGUACCCCUGGCACACCGGGUAGACCCGGUACACCAGGCAUACCUGGAACUCCACCAAUACAUCCGCAACCUGGAUAUCCUGGUACCCCUGGCACACCGGGUAGACCCGGUACACCAGGCAUACCUGGAACUCCACCAAUACAUCCGCAACCUGGAUAUCCUGGUACCCCUGGCACACCGGGUACGCCCGGAACACCAGGAAUACCUGGAACCCCUCCAAUUCCACCCCAACCGGGACAUCCUGGUACCCCUCCAAUUCCACCACAACCGGGACAUCCUGGUACCCCUGGCACACCGGGUAGACCCGGUACACCGGGCAUACCUGGAACUCCACCAAUACAUCCUCAACCUGGAUAUCCUGGUACCCCUGGCACACCGGGUACGCCCGGAACACCAGGAAUACCUGGAACCCCUCCAAUUCCACCCCAACCGGGACAUCCUGGUACCCCUCCAAUUCCACCUCAACCGGGACAUCCUGGUACCCCUGGCACACCAGGUAGACCCGGUACACCAGGCAUACCUGGAAUUCCACCAAUACACCCUCAACCUGGAUAUCCAGGUACCCCUGGCAUACCGGGUAGACCCGGUACACCGGGCAUACCGGGUAGACCCGGUACACCGGGCAUACCUGGAACUCCACCAAUACAUCCUCAACCUGGAUAUCCUGGUACCCCUGGCACACCGGGUACGCCCGGAACACCAGGCAUACCUGGAACUCAACCAAUACAUCCGCAACCUGGAUAUCCUGGUACCCCUGGCACACCGGGUAGACCCGGUACACCAGGCAUACCUGGAACUCAACCAAUACAUCCGCAACCUGGAUAUCCUGGUACCCCUGGCACACCGGGUACGCCCGGAACACCAGGAAUACCUGGAACCCCUCCAAUUCCACCUCAACCUGGAUAUCCUGGUACCCCUGGCACACCGGGUACGCCCGGAACACCAGGAAUACCUGGAACCCCUCCAAUUCCACCUCAACCGGGACAUCCUGGUACCCCUGGCACACCAGGUAGACCCGGAACACCAGGAAUACCUGGAACUCAACCAAUACACCCUCAACCUGGAUAUCCUGGUACCCCGGGCAUACCGGGUAGACCCGGUACACCAGGCAUACCUGGAACUCCACCAAUACAUCCGCAACCUGGAUAUCCUGGUACCCCUGGAACACCGGGUACGCCCGGAACACCAGGAAUACCUGGAACCCCUCCAAUUCCACCCCAACCGGGACAUCCUGGUACCCCUGGCACACCGGGUAGACCCGGUACACCGGGCAUACCUGGAACUCCACCAAUACAUCCUCAACCUGGAUAUCCUGGUACCCCUGGCACACCGGGUAGACCCGGUACACCAGGCAUACCUGGAACUCCACCAAUACAUCCGCAACCUGGAUAUCCUGGUACCCCUGGCACACCAGGUAGACCCGGUACACCAGGCACACCUGGAACACCACCAAUAAUACAUCCUCAACCUGAAUAUCCUGAUACCCCUGGCACUCCGGGUACACCUGGAACCCCUCCAAUUCCACCUCAACCGGGACAUCCUGGUACCCCUGGCACACCAGGUAUACCCGGAAUACCAUCCACACCGCCACAACCUGGAACUCCUGGUAGACCGGGUAAACCGGGUAAACCAGGUAAGCCCGUUCACCCUGGUGUACCCGGACACCCCGGUACUCCUGGGUACCCGGGCCACCCUGGUAUUUCUCAACCAGCCCCUACUCAUCCUGGAUAUCCUGGCACCCCUGGCACGCCAGGCACGCCCGGAACGCCAGGUAUACCCGGAACACCACCCACACCCCCACAACAUGGAACUCCUGGUAGACCAGGUAAACCAAGUAAACCAGGUAAACCAGGUAAGCCUGUUCACCCUGGUAUUCACGGACAUCCCAGUACUCCCGGAUACCCUGGCCACCCUGGUACUUCUCAACCGGGUCAUCCACCAAUACCUGCUCAACCUGGAUAUCCUGGUACCCCGGGCACACCCGGUAGUCCCGGAACACCAGGCACACCUGGUACUCCACCAAUACCACCUCAACCAGGAUAUCCUGGUACCCCAGGCACACCCGGUAGUCCCGGUACACCAGGCAUACCUGGAACUCCUCCAAUACCUGCUCAACCAGGAUAUCCUGGUACCCCAGGCACACCCGGUAGUCCCGGUACACCAGGCAUACCUGGAACUCCACCAAUACCAGCUCAACCUGGAUAUCCUGGUACUCCUGGCACUCCGGGUACUUCACAACCAGGUCAUUCUCCAAUCCCACCUCAUCAUGGAUAUCCUGGCACCCCUGGGACGCCAGGCACCCCUGGCACACCAGGUAUACCCGGAAUACCAUCCACACCGCCACAACCUGGAACUCCUGGUAGACCGGGUAAACCGGGUAAACCAGGUAAGCCCGUUCACCCUGGUGUACCCGGACACCCCGGUACUCCUGGAUACCCUGGCCACCCUGGUACUUCUCAACCGGGUCAUCCUCCAAUACCUGCUCAACCCGGAUAUCCUGGUACCCCUGGCACACCGGGUAGACCCGGUACACCAGGCAUACCUGGAACUCCACCAAUACAUCCGCAACCUGGAUAUCCUGGUACCCCUGGCACACCAGGUAGACCAGGUACACCAGGCAUACCUGGAACUCCACCAAUACCAGCUCAACCUGGAUAUCCUGGUACCCCUGGCACACCAGGUAGACCCGGUACACCAGGCAUACCUGGAACUCCACCAAUACCACCUCAACCUGGAUAUCCUGGUACCCCUGGCACACCAGGUAGACCAGGUACACCAGGCAUACCUGGAACUCCACCAAUACCAGCUCAACCUGGAUAUCCUGGUACCCCUGGCACACCAGGUAGACCCGGUACACCAGGCAUACCUGGAACUCCGCCAAUACCACCUCAACCUGGAUAUCCUGGUACUCCUGGCACUCCGGGUACUUCACAACCAGGUCAUCCUCCAUAUCCUGGAUAUCCAACUCCUCCAGAUGGUGGUGUAGGCGGUGUCGGACCUGAUGGCCCCAACGGCCCAUGGCCCAAUGGUCCUGAUGGUCCUCAAGGCCCGGGUGGACCUGAAGGUCCUGGAGGUCCUGAAGGACCCGGAGGCCCCAUCGGUGGUGUUGGAGGAGUCGGAGGCGUAGGUGGCGAAGGAGGAGUUGGCCCUGAUGGUCCAGAUGGUCCAUGGCCAACAGGCUCUCCUGGUCCCGAUGGACCAUGGCCUGGUGACCCAGACUACGUACCCGGAGCGAAACCAACAUCACGUCCAAGAUAUGAUGGACCAAUCAAAGUGCAAUACCCUCUAAAAUACUAUGAAUCCACUACACCGACUACUCGACACUUUGACCAACCAUUCUACGGUAACUAUGGACAGAAGCAAGUCGAACGACUGACUUCUCACUCCAAAGUAGAAUCAGAAUACACUAAAAACGAAUCUUCGAAUGAGAACUACGAGAAGAGAGUCGAAUCCACAGCUGUCGAGUACCCGACCAAGAUAAACAGUCCGUUUGGUGUGAAAGACACACAGUUUCAAGAUCAAUACGGAAAGUUCGGUUAUCAUUCAAGUCAAUUGAAUCAGAAUGCGGAUGAGGUGAACUCUCUUUUAGAAAUGCAACGAAAGGAGCCCCAGAAGUACUCCGGGCAAGAUAACAGAGGCAACUACGGCGGCGCGAAGAAGAUAGAUAGGCCUCAGGUAUCUUACAACUCAAAGUAUUUCGGUCAAGAGAAAUACCAAGAAAGUUCUCGCGAGGAUCGUAAAUACUCUCAGCAGGUUACCAAAGUGAGCCAGCCUAUUCCCUACAUUCCUAUCGUUCAGGUAGAGACGAACAAGUCUACCAAGGAGGAUCAGUCCAAUGUAAAGUUUCACUCUCCAAACGGAAGCAAUGCCGCGCUAAUUAAACAGGUAAACGAAUUGUCUGAGAUCCCGUUAGAGCCGAAUUCCGGGUUCGCCGCUAUAGGAGUUCAACCUCCGACCAACACGAAACCCUAUCAGCAAUCAGUAGGGCCAGACCCGCAAACCUGUCCCUGUUACCUGCUCGAUAUGGCGAACGGUACCGCAACCACUACAAGCACCACAUCCAUUCCUCUCAUUGGUCAGCUUGGCUUCAUUCCCGUGGUAUUCGUACCAUACUGUCCGGGUAGCGACCAGACGGACAGCGAAAACAUGAAAGACAUGUUCCCAUCUGCAACGCCUAUUCCAUACGCAUGCGACGCGUGCAACUCGCUGAGCGGAAAAGUCGAAACGAAGCUUCUCAGCGUGAAUCAGCUUGGCAGUAUAGAGAAUCUAAGGGAUGCUUUGCGACAGGCGAAACUUGGCUUUUUGAAUGUUUCAGUUCGGGAUCGAAAGGAGAGGCGAAGAGCGAAGAGCCGGAACGCGAAAUGAAGAUUGCGAUUGUAAUACGCAGAUUUCAAGUCGACACUCGAGGCACGCAUCUCGUUUAAACGGAAACGGUCCGUAACCAUGAGACACUGCCCGUC